AUGCUGGAAAUCAGCGUGUUUGUCGAGGAGUCUCUCGAGGAAUGGUGGAAGUGUCUGCAUGUUGCGGAGAUGAUGACCUAUCUUGCAAGGCACCCAAUACCUGGAAAUAUCUGGAAAGCGGUAGAAGAGGCCGUGGAGGGGGCUGCAUACACGCGAGCGAGCCAGAUCGCAUCCAUGCAGCAGUGGAAGGCUGGGGAGAAGGCACUAGGGCCUACGAUGUCCACCUGUCUUGUUUUUGCAACCAUUGCGCGGCCGGACAAGAAUGACUUCCAGUGGGAUGCAGACAUGGGCGUGUACGUACCCACAUUUGUUCAGAUGAUGUGCAACCGUGCAGCGCUCGAGGUCGACCGCCACGCCGCCGUGCCCUCAAUGGAAGAGAGCAAGACCAAGUCGAAGUGCCGGCUCCCGUGGGAGAAGGAGUCGAAGCCCAGCGCGAGAUCCAGCUCUGGCUUCUAG